CGGGAGGCCAUUGUGGCUGGGGCAGCGGGAGGCGGUGGCCGGGGCCGGUCCCGCCGCGUCCGACCCAGAUCUUGAAAACUUUGCCAGGUCCCUGAGAGAGAAAACUACAUGACACUACACCAUGACUGACAGUAAAUGUGAUAGUCAAUUUUACAGUGUUCAAGUUGCAGAUUCAACAUUCACUGUGCUAAAACGUUACCAGCAAUUGAAGCCCAUAGGAUCAGGGGCACAGGGCAUUGUUUGUGCUGCAUUUGAUACAGUGCUUGGAAUCAAUGUUGCUGUGAAGAAGCUGAGUCGUCCUUUUCAGAACCAAACCCACGCCAAGAGGGCCUACAGAGAGCUCGUUCUUUUAAAGUGCGUCAAUCACAAAAAUAUUAUUAGUUUAUUAAAUGUAUUUACACCACAGAAGUCACUAGAAGAAUUUCAGGAUGUAUAUUUGGUUAUGGAGCUGAUGGAUGCAAAUUUGUGCCAGGUUAUUCAUAUGGAAUUGGAUCAUGAAAGAAUGUCUUAUCUUCUUUACCAAAUGCUAUGUGGGAUCAAGCAUCUCCACUCAGCUGGUAUCAUCCACAGAGAUUUGAAACCCAGCAACAUAGUAGUAAAAUCAGAUUGCACACUAAAAAUCCUUGAUUUUGGACUGGCAAGAACAGCAUGUACUAACUUCAUGAUGACUCCAUAUGUGGUAACUCGAUAUUACAGAGCACCAGAGGUUAUCCUGGGCAUGGGCUACAAAGAGAAUGUUGAUAUCUGGUCAGUUGGGUGCAUCAUGGGAGAAUUGGUGAAAGGUUGUGUGAUAUUCCAAGGCACUGAUCAUAUUGAUCAAUGGAAUAAAGUUAUUGAGCAAUUAGGAACACCAUCAGCAGACUUCAUGAAGAAACUGCAGCCUACAGUGAGGAAUUAUGUAGAAAACAGGCCAAAAUAUCCUGGUAUUAAGUUUGAAGAGCUCUUCCCAGACUGGAUAUUUCCAUCAGAAUCUGAUCGGGACAAGUUAAAAACCAGCCAAGCUAGAGAUUUAUUGUCAAAAAUGCUUGUAGUAGAUCCAGACAAGAGAAUUUCUGUAGAUGAAGCCUUACGUCAUCCUUAUAUUACUGUCUGGUAUGAUCCAGCUGAAGCAGAAGCUCCUCCACCUCAAAUCUAUGAUGCACAAUUGGAAGAAAGAGAACAUGCAAUUGAAGAAUGGAAAGAAUUAAUAUACAAAGAAGUUAUGGAUUGGGAAGAAAGGAGCAAGAAUGGUGUGGUAAAAGAUCAGCCCUCAGAUGCAGCAGUGAAUAGCAACACCAGUCCUUCCCAGUCAUCAUCUAUCAAUGACAUUUCAUCCAUGUCAACAGAGCAAACAUUGGCCUCAGACACAGACAGCAGCCUGGAUGCCUUGACAGGACCCCUGGAAGGAUGUCGAUGAUCAGCUGUGAUUGCAGACCUGACUCUGGAAAAGAACUCUAAUUUCCAUUGGGCCUGAAUUGCUUGUAAGUUAAUGGAACCAAGUAGAAAAACUCCAUGUUCUGCAUGUUCUGCUAAAGUAAUGCCUGUUGUUUUUUUUACUCAGUUGUUAUGAAAUUGCCUGCUUAAUGUUGUAGAAUGGAAGCAAAUCAAUGUCUAAAGAACAAAAAAAAAAUUAAAUUUAGACACUAUUACAGGCUUUUCUUUGUUUCAGCCUAUUUCAGGUGAGCAGUUAUAAUAGACUUUUAGCCAAUAACUCCUCUUCAGUGGCUUCAUCAAUCACCAGUCCCAGCUGGCAGGCUUCUGUGACACAGUGGUUGUUUACAUUUAGUACAGUAUUGCUCAUCAGUGGGUUUUUGAAUGUAUAGUCCCUAUGAAGUUUCUUUUACUGUGUGACUGUGGCAGUUUGCUUUAUUUAACGACCAGAGUGUUGUGUGUAAGUGUGAGCUCACAUGUGGAAUGCUCUCAGUACUAUGUUUAAAGGGCAAUUUUUCUUCCACAUUGCACUUUUUUUUUUCUUUUAAUCAAACCCUUUCUAUCUUCACUUUUCAGUAAUUCUCUCUUCUUGUAGAAGAGAUAAACAUGAAAUUUAAAGCAUAAAGCCAUUACUUCGUAUUUCACCUGAGUAUCUUUUUCAGUCUUUUAAAUGUGGACAGAAGAUACAGUGGCUUAAAUAAAUCUUGAGGAAGGAUGAAUGACUUUUCUGUGCAGCAGUGCCUGUUUAGAAGAGGAGAAUGUGCUGAAAUGUUCUGUAUUUUGUAGCUUGUGGUACUCAUCCUUUAACAAAGAUAAACAGAAAAAGAAGUUUUAUCUGUGAUGCUCUUCAUUCACUGCAAGCUCUGAUAAAAGGAGAGAUGACUUGGAGAUACUUGCAGCCUCAAAAAGCUGCAUAAAUGUUUUCCAUUUUUUUAAUGGGUCCAUUCUAUCUAGUGGGUAAUUAAAGAAAUAAAAGUACAGUAGUUCUGAGUCACUUGUAAAUUAAGCAUUUAGGUAACAGAGCUUAGCUCUAUUCUCACCUUAGGAAAGUCUAUUUGUAGUGAGAAGAAAGACAUAUUUAAUACAAAUUUUCUAAAUGCAGUGUCAGACAAGACGAGGAGGUUAUUUGCUGUUUCCAUACAGAUUUAUCAAUACAGUUUUCAGGAUCAGAUAAUACAAAAUUGCCUGUUACAUUGCACAAUCUGUUGAAUUAGAAAAUGCAUUUGCAGUAGGGUAGGGCUUAAAUUGCUUUGUAACACACACUUGUGACUUGUGCACGGUCACUUUGGGGCGCACAGGUGUGAAAUUUGCUAAAGGAUCUCUGUGUGCAUGUGUGUGACUGAGCUAUAGAACUGUAACAGACAUGGACAAGUUGAGGUAAAACACCACUUUCAUAGAGGCACUAUAUUUAGCUGUUGAUCAGAUACUCUUGCCUUGAAUAUAUAAAUAGAACCUGUAAAAAACACUGGCCCAGAGAGGCACUGCAUUACUGACAUACUUCUCAUGUAAAACACAAUUGCCCAUUGUUCCAAGCCUUAUGACUCGAAAAGCAGCACUUUCUCCUUAUGCAAACGUUGCUUUUAUAUUAAAAUUUUGCCCCUUUUUAAUAGCUUAAUUUGCUGUAGUAAAAAUACCAAGAUUUUAGUAUCCCAGAAGAUUAAAAAAAAUUAACAAGGUAGUUAAUGUUAACUUCAGAAUUGUAUUCUGGCACAUCUGAUUUUUAAAGUUCUCUUAAAUUGAAUUGUGAGAUAUUUGUUGCUUGUUUGGUUUUCAGCCUAUGGAUAAUUAUAUCUUUGGAUACUGACCGUAUAUGUGAAAUAUUUUUAGUGCAUUCUUGUCACUGGAAAAACAUUUUAAAAUACCUAUUUACCAUAUAGCAGAGCAGUACACUUGGCUGUUCUUUUGCUUUUUUUAGUCCAUGUUAUUUGUGUAAGUUAAAAUAGCUGAAGA